CCCUUGGCCACGCCCCCCGCCCCGGGUAGGCUGCGGCGCGGGGGAAGGAGACGCUGCCCUUCCGCGGCCAUGGCGCCCGGCGGGGGGAGAGGGCGCCGAGCGGGGCCGCGCAGCCCCCCCCGCCACGGAGGAGGAUUGCUGGAUGAAGGCUGAGCCCAGGACUCUGAGCCAGAAGUCAGAGAAAAUUUGGAUUUCUUUGUGAGCAGCUGACAGCAUCCACAAGUGUCCUUCCCCUUUGUGGCUCCUGAGGUGCCGAGAUCCUUGUUCAGCCAUGGCUUUUAGAAGGACAGAGGGAAUGUCCAUCAUCCAGGCCUUGGCAAUGACUGUGGCAGAGAUCCCUGUGUUUGUUUACACAACAUUUGGGCAGUCUGUCUUCUCUCAGCUGCGGCUCUCCCCAGGCCUCCGUAAGGUGCUGUUUGCCACAGCCCUUGGGACAGUGGCCUUGGCUCUUGCAGCUCAUCAGCUGAAGCGUCGGCGUCGUAGGAAGAAGCAGAUUGCUCCUGAGAAGUGUGGCUUCAAGGCUGGAGGGAUCACAGUGCCCAUCUUGCCAACCAGAAGGGUCUCCUCCGUGAAGAAAGGAUACACCAGCAGGAGAGUCCAGAGUCCUGGCAGCAAGAGCAAUGACACACUCAGUGGGAUUUCCUCCAUUGAGCCCAGCAAACAUUCCAGUUCCUCCCACAGCCUCGCUUCGAUGGUAGCAGUCAACUCCUCAAGUCCAACCCCAGCAGGGAUGUGGGAGGCCCAGGCAAUGGGGGAUGCUGGAGCCAUUGGUGAUUCCAGUGCAGAAAGCCUCUAUGUUCAAGGCAUGGAGCUGUUUGAGGAGGCUCUGCAGAAGUGGGAGCAAGCACUGACCAUCAGGCAAAGGGACAGUGCCAGUACCAGCACCCCUGUGCCCUGGGACAGCAAGAAACAGCAAGACAGCAUUUCUGAGAACAUCCCAGAGGAGGAAUCCCAGAAAAGAGAGUUUGCUGAGAAGCUGGAGUCCCUUUUGCACAGAGCCUACCACCUCCAGGAAGAGUUUGGGUCUUCACUUCCAUCAGACAGCAUGCUGCUGGAUCUUGAGAGGACUUUGAUGCUUCCACUGGCGGAUGGGUCGCUGCGGCUUCGGACGGAUGAUGAGGACAGCUCAGCUUCUGAGGAUUCCUUCUUCUCUGCAGCAGAGCUCUUUGACUCCCUCCACUUUGAGGAAAUACCAUUCCCCCUCUCUAAGCCGGUAGCAGCGUACGAAGAAGCUCUGCAGCUGGUGAAAGAAGGGAAAGUUGCCUGUAGGACACUGAGGACAGAACUCCUUGGCUGCUACAGUGACCAGGAUUUCCUUGCAAAGCUGCACUGUGUCAGGCAGGCCUUCCAGGAGCUGCUGGAGGACGAGAGCAAUCAGCUAUUUUUUGGAGAAGUUGGGAAGCAAAUGGUGAUAGGACUCAUGACAAAAGCUGAAAAGAAUCCCAAAGCUUUUCUGGAAAGCUACGAGGAGAUGCUGCGUUAUGCACUGAAGCAAGAGACCUGGCCAACUACUCAGCUGGAGCUGGAAGGAAGAGGGGUGGUGUGCAUGAGUUUCUUUGAUAUUGUGCUGGACUUCAUCCUCAUGGAUGCUUUUGAGGAUCUGGAGAACCCCCCCUCCUCGGUGCUGGCUGUGCUGCGCAACCGCUGGCUGUCUGACAGCUUCAAGGAGACGGCUCUAGCAACUGCCUGCUGGUCAGUUCUGAAAGCAAAAAGGAGGCUUCUGAUGGUACCAGAUGGCUUUAUCUCUCAUUUCUACUCCGUAUCGGAGCAUGUCAGUCCUGUUCUAGCCUUUGGUUUUCUGGGGCCCAAGCAGCAGCUGUCAGAAGUCUGCAGUUUCUUCAAGCACCAGAUAGUGCAGUACCUGAAGGACAUGUUUGAUUUGGACAACGUGAGGUACACAACAGUGCAGUCACUGGCAGAAGACAUCCUGCAGCUCUCACGGCGCCGCAGCGAGAUCCUCCUGGGCUAUCUGGGCACUGAGACUUCCCCGGAGAUGAAUGGCACAGUUCCUGGGGAAAAUGAGCCACUGAAGGAGCUCAUCUGAGUCAGUCGGGGGAGGAAAACAGUUUUGUACAAGGACCUUCCUUCUCCCUGAGAUGGAUAAAAUGACCUGCGAGUUGAAGUGGUGGCAGCAAGACUGUCUCAGCACACAGCAACCUGGUGGGACCAUCUGCUUUUUAGAGCCAGUAGUGUUUGCUGGGAUGGAUCCAGGACCACUUGCCAGCUUAUGGUUUGAGUUUCUUCUUUGUUCCACCUUCCUGUUCUUUUUAUUACUGUUAUUUUUAAUGUGUCAUAAACCACAAACUGCCUGGGCCCAGUUUUUUGCUCUUGAAUAGGGCAACAUAUGUACCACUUUUGUCUGUGUGUUUUCUGGGAGAUAAUCCCUGAUGUUUAUGAUUGUGUGUGGGAGCAAGAAUAUCACUGGUAAAUUCUCCACUUGACCCUUAGCUUCCCCAGGAGGCUUUGUUUGCUUUGGGAUUUUUAUUACUGUUCUCUGCUGUGUUUCUGCAGACAUUACUGCUGAUUUUUACCUUAAGUGUUUUAACACCUGCAAUGUAACUAGCAAAGAUUUCUUUCCUAGGAAGGAAGAAAUACUUCUAGAAAGCACUGAAGUAAAAUGCAGGCUUCUCUAAUGAGUCUGAAGCUCUAUGGAAAUUGGUCUGGUCCCUGAUGCUGCUCUUUGCAGGCCAGAUGAUGGGCUCUGUGCCAUGGUCAUUGCUUAGGACAUUGCUGAGGUCUGUGUUUGCCCCUAAGGCAAGUUAGUGGGAGGAAGGGAGGGUUUUGCAUCCUGCUUGUGCAUGCACAAAGUCUUUACCACCCAUCAAAGUGCCUUGCUUGAUUUCAGAAUGAGCAAGCAUCAAUCUUUGCUGGGUAGGAGGUGUGGGGUGUGCCCAUAGAAAGAGGGAAGCAGAAUAGGGUGGUGCCUGUUCCUAUUCUGCACAAGGCAGUGGGAGGUGGAGGUGUUGGAUGUGGUGUCCAAAAGGGAUUCUGUGUGCAAAUAACUCUGGGAUCAUGCUGCUAGGGAGGAAAUGGUCCUUUAUAGUCUAGGAAAUGUGGUGUAAGUUUUAGGUGUGGAUCCAGUGCAUGUGUGUGCAUGAUUUGGGCUCUUCUCAGGUGGUCAGAAGUUGACUGCAGAGCCAGCACCUGAAUCCUGACUGCUGUGGGGCACGGAUAAGCUGGAUGUAGGGAAGCAGCAGUGGAGCAAGCUGGGCUUGAGGCAGUCCUGAGGUUUGUGGUGGUUUGCUGAGUCCUCUGUGAGUCCAUCUGAGGGCCACAGAGGAGGGUUGAGGGGCCAGCUUGUGUUUUGUUCUGUUUCAGUCCACUAAUAAGUUCUAGCCUCAGACUGAGAUGAAAAAGGAGAGCAAAGUAAUAACAAAACCAUGGGAUUUGGUAUUUUGGUUUUGUUGUUUUUUUUUUUUCUCCAGACCAAGUAGUUAUCCCUUGUGUUGGUUCCAGAUUAAAGGACUUAAGUCUUACCUAGCCAUAUCUAGUCUUACUCUAGCAAGGGGAGGAAAAAAAUAAAUAAAAAAGACAAUCUGGAGCUUCUGUACGAGUGCAAAGUCAGCAGAAGGGCUUGGGGAAACAAGUGUCUUCUUUCUUUCUCUUCAGCUAUCUGAUGGUUCUGGUGGUGAAAACAAGAAGGAAGAGAGCAGAGAAAAAGUAAAAAGGAGGAUGUGGAUGUAAAAGGAGCAGUUAAAUGCUCCUGAGAUGGUUGGAAGAGGGUGAGUGUAGAGCACAUAACAUCUGUUGCUGUGUCAGUUCAUCAGACUGAUCCUGAAGAGCCCAUUAAUGCACUGAGCACACGAGAGCUGAGGGAGAAGUGAGGAGCAGCUGAGCCCAGAGAGGCUGAAAUGAAAUAAAACUGUUGGGAUUUAAGAGACAGCAAUUGAAACUGGGGAAGGUUUCUGAGUUGUCUUGCUUCUGGCUGCAUGCAGGAAGAGAGGGAACAGGGUGUUUUAUUAGCAUGACACAUCUGCUAUAGGUAAAGUGUGAUCCAAAAGUGUGUUAGGUUCUGAAAGCAAGUUACUUUGCCAAAAAUAUGUGUUUAUAGUGUUUUGUGCUCUUGUAUGGCUGAUUUAGAAGGAAGAGUAACUUUGUAUAGUGGUUAAAAAGAUGCUAAAAUGUAAAGCUUGAUAAGGUGGGGUGUAAUUUUAAACAAUCACUGCUGUUAAUUUCUCAGUUUUAGAGUUAUUUUAUGUGUAUUUAUUUACUCCUUUGAGUGUCUUCUGGCCUCAGUGUUUGUGUACAGACAGCAACACUGGCCACUAGGUUUGGUCUUUCACAUCCUUCUGGGGAGGCUAAAAGUCCCCACGAAGCAAACACUGACUUGCACUGUGGCAUUUUAAACGAAGAAACUGUAAAUUCCUAAUCAGCUGAAUGGCAGAGAGACAGUUUUAUUACAACUUGCUGCUUUUCCUCAGCCUUUAGUGCAAACAGGGCAUCCCAGUGGGAAUAAAGAGGGAUCAUCCCCAAGAACAUCUGCAGCUUCUUGAGGGCUGAGUUCUCCCCCUCCACCUCCCAAUGCUCCCUUGCUCCUGCACAAGCCAAGAAUGUCUGCUGAGAUAAACUGAUUUUUCUCUUUAUUGGGGAGGAUAUUAAGCUUCUCUACAUUCCCCCCCCCCCCCCAUUCCAUAGCUGCUCUUUCUCCCUCCCCAACCCCAGCAUAACUGGAGAGGAAAGGCAAAAGGUGUUUUCUGAAGGGAAGUGUUAAGAUCAGGGGGUCCAGAGGAGUUUUCUGGGUCAGAAGCUCUCUCUGACCCCCAAGGGGUGGUGGCCAGUGACCUGCUGUGUUCAGCUCCUUUGGCUGCAACCCCUGAUCCCAUCCCUACAGGGUUUGGCUGGAUUGGCAGCCACCUCAGGCUCAUCUGUUUUGCAGGGAAGAGAAAAAGGUUAUGACAGAAAAACUGCCUGCCCUCUGGCUUUGUUAAGAGCUCACUAGAAACUCCUCCUUUCCCCCCAGCAUUUUGUGUUUAGCAAAGGAAAUUCUGCACUAUUAGAAGCAGAUGAGGUGUGUGUUCUGGUAGGAUCCCUAGAGAGAAGAAAUUUGCCUUUUUUAAUAAUGAACCCUUAUUCUCAAGGGGUUAAACCAUUCUGGGCUGUCACUUGCAAGAUUUUAACACUGAUGGGGAUUUAGGGUGGCUUAGCAGCUGUGAAAUAAAAUCCUUCAACAGUUACUGAUGCUUACACAGAAUUUUCAAUAUGCAUGACUUUUUUUUUUUAAUGUUUAUGUGAAGGUUGUAGCAAUUUUCACCAGGAGGGACUCAGAACUGCAGUAUGCACAUAGAGGCAGCACCAAAUGGCUCUGGGAGGGUCUUGGUGAUCUAAAAAGAGCAAAUGUAUUAAUUUAAAAAGUGUGGGGAAAAAUCUGCUUUGUUGUAUCUAGGAGAUCAGUGAGGGUUUGAAGAGCAUGACUUGUGCUGUCUCAUACAAGGAGGUGGGAAAGCAGGAUUUUAUUUACCCCUCUCCUGUAGAACAUUCCUCUGCCAUAUCUGAAGCUAAUGAAUGUAAACUUGUGCCUGUUUUUUUCUUGAUUUCCUAAAGGUGUAAAAAAUCUGUUUGUGUUCUGCUCCUUUCUUUUUCUUUGCAGCUAUUUUUUUAUGAUUUAUUUUUUUUAACACCUUUAAUCUUAGGAUCUGGGCAUUGCAAGUCAAAUAAAACUUUCCUCCAUUA